UGCCGUCACAACACAGUGUUAAGUGGCUCCUUAGUGUUGGUGACUCUCGCCUCUCACUGUGACGGGCAGUACUUGGUCACCCUCGCUGACCUCUCGUUAACACGCACAACUUCUCCACUCACCGCAACGACAACAAACCUUCAACUACUGCAGAAGAAUAUUUAACUGACGGUUGCGAGAAGUCAAUAAAAUGAAUUUAACUUAUACUAGUCGAGAUUCUGGAAGAUAAUAACGUUGAGGAGAGAGAGAGGUGGCUUGAGUGUGUUAGUAACAGUGGGUGACAAUAUGCUAGAACCAAUUUAUAGGGUUAACAUUAAAUGGAUCCAAGAAAGACUGUACAUACAGUAUUCUGUGGGAUCUAACAGAGGAUACAGUAUUAGUCUAAAUAUAUUCAGCUUCAUUGUUAUGUGCUAAUAAUGAGAUGAAAAAUAUCAAUAUGUGACGACCAUCGUAAUUAAAGAUAAAUAUAUAUCAUCCAAGGCACGAAGACUGUCCAUGUAGGACGAAAAUAAUAAUAGAGAUAAUGAAAAAGUGGGAGAUGGAAGGAGCGCGAACAUUAAGUGCGUCUCAUAAUAGACUUGUGGUGUAUCACGUGUGGAUGUUUAGAAAGUAUUGACCAGUUGGGAAGUAUGGACUGGACUGCUGCCAGGCUCCUGGUGUUGGUGUGGGCCACCACCACACUUGCUCAGCACGACUGUAUGGUAUCAAGAAGCAUUAAGGUAAAGUGGGUGUGGUCACCUCUGGAAGUUAUGGCAUGGGUUCCCCAUGACAUAAGUCCAGACACACCCAUUCUUCAGUUCGAGGUGACCUUCGCUGGAUACCCAUCUGUUGCUAGAUACACCCUCAUACAGAUAUAUGUGAACUCCACCAAUGUGACAUUACAUCAAAAUGUUCCUGAGAACUAUGUAUUGAAGAACACAAAAAGUUUUGUACCAGGGUGGAUCAAUAUCAGCAUAUUCAUUCACAAAAAUAUAACUGUAAUGAAUGCAGGAAAUAAAAAGCCACUGUCCUCGCAGCCAGUGCAUCUUCCUGUAGAGCAAGUGCUUAUAUCAGGUAGCAAUGUCACCAUCAACUGCGAAACUGGAAGAAUGUUGUGGCAUAUAAUGGGAAGGAGGGAAGUUAUUCCAUUAGGGGAGAACUUGGUUGGUGAGAAUGUGACUGUGUACUCCAAUCACCAGCACAUCCUGCCCAGCCUCACCCUGGAGGGAAAGACCCUCAUCCUGGGCUGGGAAAACCACACCAUUUCCACCACCACCCGCAACCCACUCCCACCUUACAUUAAACAUCAACUGUUUAUUCGCUAUCUGUACCAUAGCAAUGGUGGUUUAAUAUGCAAAAUAGAGAGUGAUUCUGGGGUGUUGGCAACACUACCACUACAGUCAAGACCAGUCUUCCUGGUGAUGGACAGCCUGGACCAGAAUCCAUUUUUUCUCUUGCAGCAUAUUGCUGCAUCCAACAUUGUAGCUCAACCUCAACAUGAUGUUUCCCCAGAACUUAAGACUUUGACCAGACCACCAUCAGCUGAUUCCACCCCACCGUCAACUGAUUCCAACAACUCAGACCUCUCUAAAUUGAGCGGUUGGAGUGGGUGGUGGGUGUUCGUGGCAGUGUUGCUGGCCAUCAUGCUCGUGUUUGUCAUUAUCAUGUGCAUUGUGUCCCAUUACCACAGGCCAAAAUUAGAGAAAUACCUGGGGGGUAUGAACUUCAUAACAGAAGCAAUCCAGGAAGAUGUGGAGAUACAGUUACAGCCAGCGAGACGACCUCUCCUGAUGAGGUCUGUGUCCCACAUCAACACUGAAGAUCCCAAGUCUGCUGCACCCUUGAGACUGUGGAAUGCAGUAGCAUCAGGAGAACAAGAAGAGGUGGAGCAAGUAUUGGCAACACUAAGCCCAAGUCCCCAGGUGACACUUGAUGGUUGGGACACCUCACCAUAUGAAGAAUCUCACCGCCGAGGUCACAGUAAUGUCCUACGUGUGCUAGAGGCUUUUAUGAACAAGCGGCCAGAUGUUCCACACAAUGAUAUGAUUCUGGGUGUUUUACAAGCCCACACAAAGAAGGUUGAUGCAGUGUUUGCAGCUGCAAGUGGUGGACAGUACCGAUAUGCAGGUGGUGUUGAUGUGCUGCUUCGGGCCUACAGUCUCCCGGGCACAAUACUGGACCAGCAAGGCCGCUCUCUCUUGCACUAUGCUGCCUCUGUUAUGUUAGCUGAUGUAGGGCCUCUCUGGCUUGCACCUGACAUAAGGAGUAUGGUAGAGAGUCAUGGCGUGUAUGUUAAUGCUGUUGAUUUUAAUGGUUGUACGGCUCUGCAUGUUCUGGCUGAAACGGCAAACGUUAGUGAACGCAAUACAUGUUGGGACGGCAAGGCCUUAAGCGUGAAGGAGGCCUGGGUAAACUUGGCUAACUUGAUCAUGUCACUGGGCUGCGAUCCAAGGCUGCCCAACCACCGAAACAAGUACCCUCACCAGGUGGCUCGUGAGAGUGGUAAUGCGCAUCUUGCCAAUCAACUUGCCAAGGCAGUGGGAAAUCUUGGAAUAUUCAGCACUGCAGAGUCCAUUGUGAAGUUCAAGGAUUUCAUUGAAGCAUCUAGAACAGGAAAUAUCAUAAUUAUGAAAGAACUUUUGAUGAAGGGAGUAAGAGUUUUGCCACUGGGGUCCCGUAAAGACCCUCUACUUGAAGCCAUCCUUGGGGGCCACCGGGAUGCAGUGUUUCUGUUGUUGAGUGCUGGUGCACCUCUCUGUGCCCAUGGUUUGGUAGGCAACACACCAUUUGAAGCUGCACACAGUACUGUUGGUCUCCCUGCUCUCUUUCCUGCACUCAUCAGGAAGGCAUUCUGUGAUAGAUUACAAGCAGAAAUAGAUAUGAUACCAGGUUCUGAUAAUCUACAAAACAUUAUGAAGGAUGGUAUGUCUUACCUUAAGACCAUUGCUGAAAUAUCAGGACAUAGAUUAGGAGAAGAACUCAGUACAUGGUUGGAUUGUUGGCCAACCAGUACUUCAGUGAAUUACACUGACAUGUUGGCAUUGGCAGCGGCUUCAGGACUAACCCUUACCUGUCAGCUGCUGGGUGUGGCUGGGGUUUCUCUCAACCCUUUACCAAAUCACCUUCAUCCACUUGUUCAAGCACUCGAGAACAACCAUCAUGAUACUGUGUAUUCUUUGUGCCGUGACUUGAAGAUGAACCCUUAUAGUACAAAAUGUGAUUUAAAUAAAGUUUCUGAACAGCUUAUAAAUGAUUUACUAGAGAGUGAAUUGGAAAAGUUUGAAAGAAAGUUACGGAAAAAAGAAAUAGGAGACUCGGCCACAAAAGAUCUCUUGGAUUAUGCAAAAGGAAUUACAGUGGGACAGACUGAUAAACAAAUAAGAACAUUUCUUUAUUUGCUUGCUGAACUGAGCCUGGUGACAGUGUUUCAUAGGACAAGAAGAAUAAACACUAGUCUGGAUAUUAAUGGAGUAGUGCAUCAAGCCUCAGGAAGCACAAUGCUACACAUUGCUGCAGCUUAUGGCAAGAUUAACAUGGUUGAGUAUUUGUUAUCACAAGGUGCCAGCCACACUUGUAUGACCUCUGGAGGCCUCACUGCUGCACAUCUGGCUGCAGUCAGAGGCCACAAGGAGUGUAUGGACUACAUGGUAGAGUACACAGGAAGUGCAAUGGAGUGUAGUAUUGGUUUGAAGCCUUCAGUAAUGUUGGAACAUUUCAAUGAGAAUGUUAAGAGAUGUCAUCUGGAUCUGUUGUCCUCUAAAGAAGUAUCUUUAAUAUCAAAUGCAAAGGGAGAUCAUGCAAAAGCCAAGCUAAUACUAACAGGCAGAAGCCACAAGCUAGGAAUAUUAACCCCUACUACUCUUCAAGAUAACUUGCUUCAAGAAGACAAGAAAAUGGAAGGAAUUAUAUCGAAGGAAUUUGAAAGCUCUGUGCAGCAUGAGGUUCACAUUUUAUUUGAUAACAUUAAAAAAGUAGAUGCAAGAUUUUCUGGCAAAGUUUUGUCAUAUACUCCCUUAACUGAAAAAAUUGAAUUUUUCCUUCCAGAUAAUUUUGAAUUUUACCUUGAACUUGAUGAUUAUAAUGCCCUAAAGGAUGGCUGCAUCACUAUAAAAGAGAUGGAAAGAAAUGAAAUAAAAAAUGGAGAAUAUUUAUUAGGUAUAUCUUCAUCUAGAGAUCAAAUGCUCUUCACAGGAGCAAAUUUUAGAAACUUAUUUUGUAAAGCUGCCCAUGAGGCUCUCAUAACAACUAGCUUUAAAGGCCUUGCACUAAUACCACCUUUCCUUGCUCACACUUCUACUGGAGCAUGCGUUUAUGUAGCUUACCGGGAAAAGCAGAUAACAUUACUGUUGCGUCUAAUGCUUACCCCAGUCUUGAAGGUCCCAUGUCCACAAGGGCUUCAAUUACAUAAGUUGCCUAAACGAUUCCAGAAUCACUUGCAAUCCUACACCUAUGAGCAUAUAGCCAACACAUCUGAAGGCAAUUGGAUGUACAUGUGCAAUUUUGCACAUAAAUGUAUCAUUGCUGGUCUAAGAGAAGAUGAGCAUAUUGUUCUCCAAGCAUGCUGUUACUUUGCCAAACUGCUGAGUACUUGCUGGUGGCUACCGAAGCAAGAGCAGCGGCAUCAUGGCAGGUCAUGGCAGCUUUAUCCAGUAGGUAUAAAUGUCCCCAGCCUCCGAACCUUGAAAUCGCUUUUCCUUGAAGAGUUAAUUGAACAAGAAGAACUAUUGUGGAGUAAGGAGCAUUUUAUUGAAAGAAUUAUAAGUAUUUUAAGAAGAGGGUCAUAUCCCGGAAAAAUUACUGGAUCUUUUACUUCGCCACCACAGUGGGACCCUAAGCUGAGUGGAGGAAUCCAGGCUACUAUUCAAUUCCUUCAAAAUCUACAGAAAAAAUAUCAUGAUAAAUUGAAAAUUAAUAAUAUUUUUAGUAAGUAGUGACACUGUAUCAAAUAUAUCAAGAGUGUUACAGAUCUCUAUAAUCUUUGACCAGCGUCAUGUUUAUUAAGCGUGAAAGGGAGAGAAAAAGAGAGAGAGAGAGAGAGAGAGUGAGAGUGAGAGUGAGUGUGAGUGUGAGUGUGAGUGUGAGUGUGUGUGUGUGUGUGUGUACUCACCUAUAUGUACUCACCUAUAUGUGC